GUUACAAAUCCGCAACGAACCGAUAAAGAUUCGGAAUUUAAGGAAUGGCACAAAGUAACAUGUUUCUACUCUGCGUAUUUGUGGUUGUCAUUUUUUUGACGACGGUUCAAACGAAACGCUACAGACAACUACCCCCGCCGAGGGAAUUUCAAGAACUGGAAUUAGGCGUCACGCGCGGAUUUGGGAAACGUGCCUUGGGCAUGCAUAUUCUUCAGAACAGACAAAAAUCGCCACCCGACAGAGAAUUGGUCGGACGAGCUCUGCGCGGCUUACAAGAGAUGAACAUACCAGUCGCGCGCGGUUUCGGGAAGCGAAACACCAACGUAGGCGAUACCGACGCGGAAUCUUUAAGACAAUUUCUGGAGGAUUGGGCGGAAUUGAAGCUGAGGUUGAAAAACGUAAACGUCUCUCAGCAAAAACUGGGUAUUCCAUUCGUAAAUAAUUAAGUAACUAGUUUCAAAAAUAAGUACGUGCCAAUUGUUUAUAAACAAUAUUGUGGAGAUUUUAAUGUUGUACUUGUUGUAGACUAAGGCAAAUAAAGUUGUUGUCAGCUG